AUAAUGUGUACAAUUUGUAUUUUAAAGUCGUUUCUGAAAGGUUCUAGACUUUCGUCAAUACUGGAAAAGCAUUUAUGAAUAGUCGGUAGCAGCUGUAUGGAUAUGACAUGCGAUUUAAAGUUAGCAUGAAGAAGAUGGUAGAAGGAUUGCUGGAUAUUCGUGGCCCUGAUACACCCUGGCAGUGAUGCACUCUCAAUAUUAGAAGCAUUCUAAAUUUAAAUCCCUAGUAAUCGUUCCUUUGGUUAUUGUCUGUUUGUCCUGUUUUACUUCUAAGCUCAUCACAGUUGUCUCUUUCCGUCUGCGACAGCUGCCAGAAUGAUUUUUUUUUUGCAAGUCGGUGAACCUGCAUUCCAACAUGCAGUUUAUUUCUAUAAUUAGCUGGAAGAGUUAAAUUACAAGCGCUUCAAGUGCAGCGAGCCACAGCCAUCUCACACCCUUUUCCAGCCAAGUGGAGCCCGGCAAACAGCGGCCGUCUUCGCCUCCAAAUCCAGUUGCAAUGGAAGCUCCACGGAACAUGACUGAAGAGUCUCGCCUCUAUCAAACCACCCUUCUUCAAGACGGACUGAAGACACUUUUGGACGAGGACAAGUUUGUGGAUUGCUCGCUGCAGGUUGGCAGUAAGAGCUUCCCUUGCCAUCGGCUGGUCCUGGCAGCCUGCAGUCCUUACUUUCGUGAGUAUUUCUUCGCAGAAGAAAACGAGAAGAAGAAGGAGGAGGUAGUCCUGGAAGACGUUGAUGAUAAUGUGGUGUCUAUGAUCCUUCAGUAUCUGUAUUCCUCGGAGAUAGAACUGACCGAUGAGAACGUGCAGAAUAUCCUGGCUGUGUCCAGCCGCUUCCAGAUCCCCUCCGUCUUCACCCUGUGUGUCACCUAUCUUCAGGAAAAGUUGACUAUCAGCAACUGCCUGGCCAUCUUCAGGCUGGGACUUCUCCUAGACUGUCCACGCCUUGCUAUCGCCGCCCGCGAAUACGCCUCGGACCGAUUUGAACAAAUCUACAAAGGCGAAGAUUUCAUGGAACUUGCUGCCCAUGAACUGAUCGGUUUGAUUGCGAGCGACGCGUUGAACGUGGAGAAUGAAGAGGUUGUGUUUGAAGCUGUCAUGAGAUGGGUACGGACUGACAAAGAGGACAAGGCCAAAAGUUUGGGGGAAAUAUUUGACUACAUCCGUUUUCGCCUUAUGCCUGAGAAAUAUAUCAAAGACCAUGUAGAGAAAGAUGACAUUGUAAAGUCUAAUCCAGAGUUGGUGAAGAAAGUUCAGACCAUUAAAGAUGCGUUUGCCGGGAAGCUGCCGGAGCCCGCUAAAGGAGGAGACAAAGGCGAAAAGAAAGGAGAGGGUGCCGAAGACGUGGUGAAUGGUGAUGUUGGCGAUGAAAAUCUUCUCCCUGGCUUCCUGAAUGACAUUCCGCGACAUGGCAUGUUCGUCAAGGAGAUGAUCGUGUUCAUCAACGAUACAAUGACUGUGGCCUAUGAUCCAAAUCUAAAUGAAUGCUUCCUGGCGGCAGUCAACAAUAUGAUUCCCAGAAAUCACGUUAGCUUGGUUACAAAGACAAACCAGGUUUUUGUUAUUGGUGGCCUGUACGUGGAUGAAGAAGUGAAAGAACAUCCUUGCCACUGCUAUGUUUUCCAGUUUGACAACAUUGCUGGUACAUGGAAUGGUUUACCACCGCUACCAUCACCCAGAUGCCUCUUUGGGUUAGGAGAAACCAAGAAUUUCCUUUACGUGAUAGGUGGCAAGGAUCUUCAAAAUGAACAGUCGCUGGAUUCAACGUUGUGUUAUGACAUGGCCAACCUAAAAUGGACUCAAUCCAAAGCAUUUCCUCUGAAGAUUUAUGGUCACUUUGUGAUUUCACACAAUGGAUUGAUCUAUGUUAUUGGUGGGAAGACUGAUGAUGCUAAAUGUGUCAACAAAUUAUUUGUCUACAACCCUAAAAAAUCUGAGUGGAGGGAGCUGGCAGCCAUGAGCAAAGCCAGAGCUAUGUUUGGAGCUGCAGUGCAUCAAAACAAAAUCUGGGUUGUUGGAGGGGUGACGGAAGAAGGCUUGACUGCUGCCGUUGAAGCAUACAAUAUUGUGAAUAACAAGUGGGAAACAUUUCCUGAAUUUCCACAAGAGAGAAGCUCGAUAAACAUGGUUGAUAUGGCCGGAUCACUCUAUGCCAUUGGAGGCUUUGCUAUGAUUGAACAGGAAAAUAAAGAAUAUGCUCCUUCAGAAUUCACUGAUGUGUGGAAAUUUGAAGAUGAGAAGAAGGAAUGGAGUGGCAUGCUGAAGGAAAUUAGUUAUGGUUCAGGUGCCACCUGUCUUCCUGUUCGCCUCAACAUGUUCAGACUUACCAAAUUAUAAAUUGUAUCAUCAAUAUUGCUGCUAAAUAAAACACAAAUGUUUUGUGCGAAA